UCCACAAUUUAAUAUUAUUAAACAUUCAUAUAAGUUUGAAAAUUGACACUUAAAAUCCCAUUAUUUAAUGCCUCUUGCAAUUUGAUCCCCUCUUUACGUUGCAGUUGACUUCAAAUAUGAAAACAAUAUUUGAAAAUUUAACCCCACCAAGUACCCAUUUCACCGGUUUACACCCACAAAUUUGGCUGGCCAAGACCUACAUUUCAUUCUCCUCUUUCUUGAUUCCCUCUAUUCAAUACCAUUUUCUCAUAACACCAAAACAAGAAGAUGAACAACACGGAUCUCAACUCCGGCGGGUUUCUUGGGUCACAAAACAUCAGUGGAUUCGGAUACGGGAUCGGAAUAUCAGUCGGGAUGCUUUUACUCAUCACAACAAUCACAUUAGCAUCUUACUUUUGUAACCGAACCACACAAACCUCACCAUCACCGUCAGUAGCUCAAAUCCGGGCGCAGAGAAACAGUCUGGGUGCAGCCCUGGGUCAGCCUGACUCGACCCAUUGCGUGGUUGAUGUGGGCAUUGAUGAUGAGACACUUUUGAGUUACCCCACUAUGCUUUACAAAGAUGCAAAGAUCAAGAAAAGGGAUUCAGGAUUUUCAACAUGUUGUUCUAUUUGUUUGGGUGAUUAUAAGGGGAGUGAUGUUCUUAGACAACUUCCGGAUUGUGGUCACCUUUUUCAUGUUAAAUGUGUUGAUCCGUGGUUGCGGGUGAACCCCACAUGCCCAAAUUGUCGAACGUCUCCCUUACCGACCCCACUCUCGACCCCUUUGGCUGAGGUGGUGCCACUUGCAAGAAGACGGGAUUGAUUGAUUGAUUGAUGACAAUUUUUUGGGUUAGUUCAAAUGAACAGUCCUAUGAUUACGUUUGUAAGUUUACAUUUUGUUUAUUUAUGAUAUAUAUACUGUAGAUCUUGGAAUGCAUAAAUUUGUUGUAUAUAUAACUUCUCAUUUUCAUUUUCUCAAUUGAUAAGUUGAUGUAUGUAGUUUGUUAAACGUAAAUUAGCUGUAUCGCGUAUAUACUUAACCUGUUGUCCGGUAAGUACGACGGAAUUUACCCAAAUUUUAUGUUUA